CUGGACCACACUCCAUUUUUCCUAUUUAAGAAGACACUUCUCUUCUUCUUUGUCAUUCACAAUUCAACAACACACACUCAAUUGAUCAAAGCACAUUCUCAAACAACACCAAGAAAAAGAAUUUGAUACUACUUUGCAUUUCUCUAUCAGAAACCAUGAAAAUGAUGAAUGAUUCAACAAUGGGAGGAUCAAAGAGAAAGUUAACCAGAGGACUUGGAGGAGUUCUUAGAGAACAGAGAGGAAGACUUUAUAUUAUUAGAAGAUGUGUAGUUAUGCUUCUCUGUUGGCAUGAUUGAUUUACUAAUUUCAAGUUCAUAAAGAUGAAGAAUAAGAUGGAGAGAAGCUUUUUAUCAUCGUCAUCACGGAAAUCAUUUUUGAGUGUACAUAUACUGAAACGGAUUUAAUGUCGUUUAACGAUAAAUUUAACAAUUUUUAUGUAUUUUACAAUUAGUCUUUGUAUGUAUACAUCGGAAAAAAAUUUAAUCAAAAUUCAAAUUUCUAAAA